AUGGUUUGUGAAAAAUGCGAGAAGAAGCUUGGUAGAGUUAUCACCCCGGAUACGUGGAAGGACGGAGCACGAAAUACGAUAGAGAGCGGAGGUCGCAAACGCAAUGAAAACAAGUUACUGACGUCAAAGAAAGCCAGGUUUGACCCGUACAGCAAGACGGGUUUCGCCACGUGUCGUAUAUGUAAAAGCUCGGUCCAUCAGUCAGGCUCGCAUUACUGCCAAGGAUGUGCUUACAAAAAAGGAAUCUGUGCCAUGUGCGGCAAGAAGGUUCUCGACACCACAAACUACAAACAGACUUCUGUGUGA